GAAAGUGUAUUAGGUUUCUACAACAACAUCCUUGGGAAAAGGAUCCUGCCAUGUUCUCCAUCAGAACCACAUUCAUCCUGCCAGCUCUUCUGGCCCUUUUGGUUGUAAAUGUGGAAUCCUCUUUCAGUGGUGGUGGUGGAGGAUCCUACAAUUAUGACAUAUCUAAAAUGUCUGACCUGAGGAAGCUGUACAACUCCAAGGUGUAUGAAGCAGACAGAAUGAGGAGACCCCUUGAAGGCAUGUCCUUUCAGGUGGGGGUUCUCAGCCACUCAGGAGUCAAAGUGACUUUGGCUGAUGGCUCCCAGUGGCUUGUCCAUAAAGGGGAUGGAUUUGGCAUCAGCUCUCAGACUGUAGUGGUGGCUGCACACCACAUGAGUCGAGACUGGAAGGCAAUUGAAACCAAAAACUUUAAAGGGAGUAAGACGGUCUCUGAUUUCGUCAAAGCUGGAGGCACUGACUACAGCCUCAUCUUUGAUAACUGCCAUGAUGCAGCUGGUCGGAUGUGGGAGUGAAACAGUAUUUUAUUGUUUUGAUGAGGCUGCAGCAGUUACUAUAUUUGAGCUGCAAUGCCCAUUUCAUAUUGAUGGAUUGAGUUAAACAGAAAUAAAGUCCAAUGAAUUGACA